AAACGAGAAAAAGCCGAAGUAACGAAGAAAGGUGUUGUCGCGGCGUACGCAAAACACGGUCUCGGAACAAAGUGUUAGUGCUAAAGUGUUUGUUUUAACUAAAUUAUAUAUAUUUUUUUAAUAAACGUGUGCGUGUUUCUAUAAAAAAAAAUAUUUAAGCGAUUGUUUUGAAACAUUAAUUCACAGAGAGCAGAGAAAUAAGGUUUUCUUCUGAAUAAAAGUGUGAUUUGUAAAAUGAAAAAUUGGAAAAAAAUUCCUGUUUGUAUUUUAACAACCUCAAGUAGCAACUAAAGUAAAUGCGAAUGAAAACAACUACAACAUAACAACAAAUACAACAUAACAACAAAUACAACAUAACAAUAUACGCCAAAACUUGUUUUCAUCUCUUCAACUGGCUCCACGAAUGUAGAAUACCAAGCGAUCUCUCAUCACUUUUUUCACCCUUCCCUUCUCUCUAUCACAUAGUUGUAAGGCAAGAGACAUCAAUGGCAAUAACAACAAAAUUGCAGUUGGUCUAACAGCGCAGUGAAGUGAAAUAAAAGGAGUUCAACGAAACCGGAAAUACCCUUGAAUUGAGAAAUAAAACAAAAACAGGAAAGAAAACGGCCAUCAUCGUUCGUCAUUUAUUCCCUUGUCCGUUUUACUGCCGUUGCAUUUUAAAAGGAAGAGAAGAUUUCACAAUUUUGUGUAAUCGAUAAGACUAGCCGAUUCCGAUAAGAAUUGCUUUGAAAAGUAAUCAAGUUGGUAAAAUCCAAACAAAGAGAGGACGAGAGAGAGAGAGAGAGAUAGAGUGCAGGGAAAGUAGAUUUUUAUCUUAAGAUCCCGAAAGGAGCAAAUUUCUUUGACAUUCGUAUGUUUUAAACAAUUAUGUCAUGGGAUCGUGCACCAGACGACACUUUUUACUUUCAACAUGCUUUCUUCAAAUGAUAACCAUAAUCGAACGCCAAGUAUUCGAUUUUCUCGGAUACAUGUGGGCGCCCAUAUUUGUAAAUUUCUUUCAUAUACUAUUUAUAAUCUUUGGAUUUUAUGGAGCAUAUCAUUUUAGAAUAAAAUAUAUAAUAACAUAUUUAAUAUGGAAUUUUCUAUGGAUUGGCUGGAAUUCAUUUUUAAUAUGUUUCUAUCUAAAUGUGGGGACAUUGGAUAGGGACAGUGAUUUAUUAAAUUUGGGUACCGGGAGCUAUUCCUGGUUCGAGGUGAAUGGCUAUGGCUGUAAGGCAACGUACAAUACAAAUAUUACCUCAGAAGAUCCCUUUCGUCCAUUGCGGCCGGAACGAGUGGACGAUUGUUUGUUGACCUAUGACAUUGUUGAGGUUGUCCACUCAGGAGUGCAGUGUAUAUUAGCGUUCUUUGGCAUUUUGGGAGCCAUUUUAAUAAGUUACAUAUUUCUAGAUGAAGAUGACAGAUUCGAUUUCAUGAACGGAGAUGCCAAGAGCCCCCAACAUACGGUGGUCCAUCCCAUGUACGUGAGCUAUACAAGCAUCCCAACAUCAGCAAGUGCAACAAUGCUCUCAAAUAAGCAUCAUCAGCAACACCUUCAUCAUUCGCUCAGUAAUAGUAACCAUCAUCUCAGUAACAGUUCACAUGCAUUGGCCACUACUACCAAUACAAAUUCAAAUACAAAUACCACUACUACUCCAACGGCUGGGAAAAGGCAGUUCAGAACAUCGUCUUCCUACUCUCAGCCAGCACCGCCACCAUCAUCAUCAUCAGCAUCAGCAUCUCUCCAUAAACAGUUUAGUAAUAAUAGCCAUAGCCAUAGCCAUAACCAUAGUCAUAGCAAUAGCCAUGCUGCUGCUGCGGCUGCGGCUGCAGCUGCUGUCGGUAGCAAUUUCCUUUUGACUAACAGCAACAAUAGCUACAGCGCCAGCCAUGCAAAUAGCAGCAGCAUUAGCAGUGGUAAGCGCCAUAAUGCCGCUUCUGCAGCUACAGCAACAAACACCAACACAUUCUUAAUACACACACACAAAAGUAAUAGAAGUUCUACGAACAACAACAACAACAACAGUAGUAACAUUCGCACCCCCAACAACAAUAACAUGAUGGGGGGAGUAGGCAGCAAUGGCGGCGGCGGAGGCGGCAGCUUUAACGGUAGCCUUCUCAGUAACAGUAGCCAGUAUCAGUUUAACAACAAUAACAACAACACCAACCUUCACUAUGGAGGCUCUUCGGGCCGCCGCAGAUGCAUGGCCGCAGGGGACUUGUCCUCGCCCAUGUCCACUAGUUACAAUACCCGUAGUUAUUCGACUAACAACAGUAAUGCCAGUAACAGUAUGCUUUAUAGUCCUAAGCAGGUACGCAAAUUUGGGGGCCUAGGUGGUGGCGGCGGCGGCGGUGGUCCCCUUACCUCAAAUAGUAUUUUCCCCGCCAAUACGGCCACGGCCAUAGACUUGGUGCAAAAGCCUCCCGGCCAAUUGAUGGCCGGAGGCUACUAUGAUGACAGCACGGCCAAGGCCGAUCAUCAAUUGUAUGCGAAUGGUGGUGCAAGGCGCCACAUAAUGGCAGCCUCCUCCACGCCCACACAAGAUACCACACCCUCUUUGUCAUAUGCCUCCUUGCAGAAUUCCAAUCCGAAUUUGAAUUCCAGCCUCAAACAUGGCGCCGGAGGCACCUCGCUAAGUAACAGUAAUUAUAGUCUUACAAAUAGUUUGAAUAACAAUCAUCCGCCUUCGCCGGCUCCCUCGGCCCUGGGUGGGGCCUCAUCGAAUAGUGGUCGUUUUGCCCGUAUACAUUCCAAGCCCAAACCUCCCAAAUCAUCCAGUUAUUCAAACUUUAGCAAUGUAAAUGCCAAUACCAAUGCCCUGCCCACAGGCAAUGCAAAUGGUGCGGUCCCACGUCAUGACAGACCCUUGUCCAGUAACUUCGAUGAGUCUUUCGAGGAUGACAAUUUUUCACUGCAGAACCUCAAGGCCGAUGAGGACAUAACCUAUGUACCCUUUGGCAAGCCCACUCCUGGCUCUUAUUUCAUAAACAAGGAGAAUAACAAUUUACCCAGCCACUAUAAGGAAACAGGGCAGCAGGCUGUGGGCUCCGGUCCCAGCCCCAAUAAUAAUCGCAAUCCCACAUUUGCUAAUAAUCCCCAUUCACCACCAGGCAUCCUGCUGGAGAAGGGAGCCAUUUUGCUACCCCACAUGCCGGAAAUGAACCCCGCCCAGAGAAGCUUAUACCAACAGAAUGGUUUACCCUUUCAUCCCGCCUAUUCGCCAGUGGCCUAUAGGCAAAAUUCUGCCUGCUCCUCUCAGGCACCGCCGCCCAGACCCACUAAUAUACCGCUGCCCAUAGUGCCGGCCUCGUAUCAGCAGCAUCAGUGUUCGGAGAUGAUAUCUCCCUCAGAGGUGACCCCACCACCACCGCCUCAACCCAGACCUCAUAUAUUUCAACCGCGCACCGGCACAGCACCCUAUCCUGAUCUCUCGCCCGAUGUGACCGAACGUUAUGCCAUGCCCACACAAUAUAUACCCCGAUCUCCGGUAGCUUCGCGCAUAGCGCGUCGUCAAAGGCAGCAACAGCAGCAGAAUCAAAAUGAUUCCUCUGGACGCUAUCACCAGCAGCAUCAGUCGCAGCAGCAUGAUCGAAAUCAUGUGACUAACAAUUCGGCUAAUUUUUGUGAUCAGAUUAGAGAUACCCCUCCAGGGUAUAGAAUUCACAAAGCUGGUGGCGGUGGUGGAGGUGGUGGAGGUGGUGGUAAAAAUUUGCAGUCAUCCCAAAAUAGCCCAAAGCCUAAUAAUCAAUUGUCAAGAGCCAGAUCUCAUGAUCGUUUGUCCACCGAAUCGAAUGGUCUUGCCAAUGGCACUACCAAUGGUUCCUUUAGGGAUGGCGAUAAGAACUCCUCGGCUACAUCCCAAAAGGAGGUGGCCAAAGAAAUGGCUCCAAAUGUCAAUCGUCGCAGUGGGCGUAGAGGAGAAAUGCCUAAACCCCGUCCCAGAUCCUAUUGUAAUUCUAUGAGUGGUGGUGAGGGAGUGAUAAGGGCGAAUAUUGCCUCGGAUAGAAAAAUGGGCUAUGCAGCUUAGUUUAAAUAGGGGCGAGAGAGAGAGUGAAAGAGAAGAGGAGAGAAAUUAUAAGAUUGAGUUAUAAUUGGGCUUCAAGGUAAUAAGGAGGGGGAAAGAUAAAGGAUGGUCAAAAGAUGGCAGUUUUUCAAAGAGGAGAACUCGUAUUGAAGUUUUGUUGGCAGUUAGGAAGAAAAGCUGUGCAUACAAGAACAAGGAGAAGCCAUACGGAUAGGAAGGGGGAAAAGUUGAAGGAAGAAUAGGGUGAAAAUAAGAAUGAGGAAGAAUAAGGAUGGAGAAAGGAACGAGUAAGGCAGUAUGAAGAAAGGUAGAGUGAUGGAAGGAUAGAGAAAAGAAGAAGAGAGAAUGAAAGGAAAAUGGAAAAAAUAAAAAGUAAGCGGUAAAGAAAAAGUGAUUGAUGAGUGGAGGAAAGGAAGUGGGAGAUAAGGGGAUGUGA